AAUCUGUUCGUUGUAUAAGCAUAAAAAUUUCUUUUUUUUUCCCAAUUUUCACAAAUAUUUUCUCUCUUUCAACUUUAAAGAGUAUUUUAAAUUUAUUGUUAUUUUUGAGUUCAAGAAAAUUCCCUCCAGUGACAAAUUUUCAGAAACAAAAGAAAAUAUCUUCUCAAUUCAGACAGUUGGGAAUUUAUUUUUCAAAAAAAAGUGUCUAAAAGUGUCAGAAUUACAAGUGUUGGAAAAAAUUAAUUUUUCUAAAAUUAAAAAAAAAGGAGAAAUAAAUAAAUAAUGGCAGAAAAUUGUAAAGCAGCUGGGGAUUCCCCUUGUGUGGAAAAUUUGAUUCCAAAGGAAGAAUUAAAAGAAAUUGGUGUUAAAUUACAAACAGUCGAAAAUGGAAAUAGUUUAUUAAUUAAAAAUGAUCAAAAAGAUGUUUGUCCUUUAAUCAUCAAUGAAAAGAAGGAAGAGGAUUUAUCAAAAGGUGACAAUAAAAUAAUUGAAACAAAAAUCGUCGAAACUUCUGAUACCGUAAAAGAACAGCAAGAAGUCGUCGCAAAGGAUUCAGAUGAGAAUAGUUGCUCUUUAGGGACAAAAAAUACUGAAGAACUGAAAAAAAAUGGCAUUGAGAAGGUAAACACUGAGGAUAAGCCUUGCAAUUCUCCUGAUGUUAACCAAUUACUAAUUGAAAUUGAGGCUCGAACAAAGGAAAGGGAUAAUUAUCAUAAUAAACUAAUCGAGAGUGAAAAAAAAUUCGAUAUUCUUGAGACUGAGUACAAUGCACUUUCAAAUGGAAAAGAGGAUGAAUCAAGUUUACGUCAGGAAGUGAAGAAUUUAAAAAUUGCCAUGGCUCAAACACAAUUAAAAUUGGACGAUCGCAUUCGAAUUGUGGCAAAUCAAGAAAAUCAAAUUAACGCCCUAAUGAGUCAAGUUUCAUCAUUAAAAGAUGUUGUUAACAUUACAAAAGAUCUUUUAAAUAUUCGCAAUAUGGAAGUCAGACAUUUACAGGAAAAUGUAGAGACAAUGGAGGAAAAAAUCAACAUUGAACGUGAAAAGCAUAAUACAAUGUUAGUGAAAAUGGAGUCGGCCUUUAAAAUAAAUCUUGAUUUGAAGCAAGAAUAUGAAACUCAAUUGCGAUUGUUUCAAGAUCUACGGGAGAAAUAUGAUAAAAAAGUCGCUAUAUUGACUGAAGAAAAUGUACGUUUGGAAAGUCUCGAUAAACAAAAUAAAACUAUUUAAUUUCUUUUUUUAUAUAAAUAUUUAAUUAUCAGCAUAAGUUUGUUUGAUUUUUCGUGUUCAAUUUUUUUGUAUUCUUACAAUACCAAUAUGUAAAUAUUCUAAGAAAAACUGAAUAUUUAAAUAAAG